GUGUCCGGGUGAAGAGUGGCCAGUGUUCGGUUCACAGCCUGCUACCGUGGCGCCUGACAUGGACAUGGACUACUGCUCUGCUCCUCUCUGUUCCUCUGGUGCCUUCAGCUUCCUGGUGAGGCUCCUCCUACAUCCUGCCAUCCUCCUAUACAUGGAGGGACCACUCCUCCCUCUUCCAUCCCUCCCUUCCUCAGACUGUCUGCUUGCUCUGGCCUUACCCAUAAGCCAACCAGGACUGGAGCCUGCUGAGGGGAUCCACUUCUGACUCCAACAAACCAAUGGAUGGUCAACAAAUUACAUUCAUCUCUUUUAUUUACGUAUACAUUUUUCGGGAGCUGAUCUAAACAUUUUGUGAUUUAAUUUAAAUUUGGCACUUCUUUCCAAACAUCACUUGUGUUGUACUGUAACUGUACAUUGUUGUGGAAAGUCUUUUAGUUUAAUCAUUUAGGAUGCAUCCCAAAUGGCACCCUAUUCCCUAUUUAGUGCCCAAUGGGCCUGGUCAAAAGUAGUGCACUAUUUAGGAAAUAGGGCAUCUAACUGCUUCAAGACGGCUGGCGACUGGCAUCUAACUGCUUCCAGACGGCUGGCGACUGGCAUCUAACUGCUUCCAGACGGCUGGCGACUGGCAUCUAACUGCUUCCAGACGGCUGGCGACUAGAAUCUAACUACUUCCAGAUGCCUGGAGACUAGCAUCUAUCUACUUCUAGACGGCCACAGCUCUGAGGCUCUACAGAGCGUGAACAAUUCCCUGAAAGCUGCUACUGAGGCGGUCUGGCUGUCUCUGUCUGACUGUCUGGCUCUCUGUCUGACUGUCUGGCUCUCUGGCUGUCUCUGUCUGACUGUCUGGCUGUCUGGCUCUCUGUCUGACUGUCUGGCUGUCUGGCUCUCUGGCUGUCUCUGUCUGACUGUCUGGCUCUCUGGCUGUCUCUGUCUGACUGUCUGGCUCUCUGUCUGACUGUUUGGCUCUCUGUCUGACUGUCUGGCUCUCUGUCUGACUGUCUGGCUCUCUGUCUGACUGUCUGGCUCUCUGUCUGACUGUCUGGCUCUCUGGCUGUCUCUGUCUGACUGUCUGGCUCUCUGUCUGACUGUCUGGCUCUCUGGCUGUCUCUGUCUGACUGUCUGACUGUCUGGUUCUCUGGCUGUCUCUGUCUGACUGUCUGGCUCUCUGUCUGACUGUCUGGCUCUCUGUCUGACUGUCUGGCUCUCUGUCUGACUGUCUGGCUCUCUGUCUGACUGUCUGGCUCUCUGUCUGACUGUCUGGCUGUCUCUGUCUGACUGUCUGGCUCUCUGUCUGACUGUCUGGCUCUCUGGCUGUCUCUGUCUGACUGUCUGGCUGUCUGGCUGUCUGUAAGGCUGUAAUACUGGGAUCAGCCUCUCUUCUCAUUAGUUAUCUGCAUCCAUGUACUCCUUGGCUGCCUAACAAGCAUCACAGCAGCUCAGUAGAGAUCAGUGUUUUCUUAUUCACACAGAGAGAAGUGAAAGAAAAAACAUGUUUUAGUAGCAUGUUUUACCCCAGAAAUGUUACUAUUUCCAGACUAGCUUUUUGUACAUUGUGUUACCUUUAGAAACAAAACAAAACAAGUGAGUGGUGUGUGUUUCAGGUAGGUCAAAGUUUCUGUUUUUCUAAUAGCAAAGAGCUUGGUAAUGUGUUGGACUGAUGGGUGUAUCAGAGUACAUCUGUACACCUGGACUCACCUGUAGUGCCCAAACAGAUCUUUAGACAAAGACUUGACGACUCUGUGGAAACUCAUGUUGUCAGUACAAAUAAAUGUCUGUCUUUAAUACAUAUUAUUUUUCUGGUUGUCUAUCUUAGGGCUUGGCGGUAUACCAUAUUUUACAAUAUACCGGUAUUGAUGCACGGACCAGUUUGGGGUUUUACUUUACAUUCUAUAACGGUAUUUGAAUGUUUGGUUUGUUAAAUGUGAUAUUCCGUGUGUAACGUCCAUUAUUAUAGUUUACACGGUACUAGUCAUCCCUCUCUGCUCUCUCUCUCCAUGCCGCUUUCCACACAGACCUAGCCCCGCCCCCUGUCACUCAAAGAGCCGUGUUCAGUCUGCCUGGUCAAUGCAGCACAUGCAACAAUGUCAUGACAACGAUGUUUCCACUUUGCUUUCCAAGUGUUCUAUAACUACACUAUUAGUUUGUGUUUCUUACAUCUGCAAACAUGGCUCCUGAGUGGCGCAGCGGUCUAAGGCACUGCAACUCAGUGCUUGAGGCGUCACUACAGACCCCGUGGUUCGAUUCCAGGCUGUAUCACAACCGGCCGUGAUUGGGAGUCCCAUAGGCAGCGCACAAUUGGCCCAGCGUCGUCCGGGUUUGGCCGGUGUAGGCCGUCAUUGUAAAUAAGAAUUUGUUCUUAACUGACUUGCCUAGUUAAAUUAAACAUUUUUAAAAUACAGCUGGUUUCAUAGCAAGUUUUAGCUAAAUCGUGUUAGCCGCUAACGCUAAUCACUAGAUAGCUGGCUAACUAGCUAGCUAAUAAUAAUAAUAUAAUAUAAUAAUAUGCCAUUUAGCAGACGCUUAAUAAAUGUACUGAGUCAGAGCAAACGUAGCUAGCUAAAACAGCCUAGUCUGUCUACUUGGCUGAGGCCAUAUGGUUGUUUUAGUCUCUACUUGGCUGAGGCCAUAUGGUUGUUUUAGUCUCUACUUGGCUGAGGCCAUAUGGUUGUUUUAUUCUGUCUACUUUGAGGCCAUAUGGUUGUUUUAUUCUGUCUACUUUGAGGCCAUAUGGUUGUUUUAUUCUGUCUAGGAGACUAUUCAGGAUUGAGGGAAAGAUGAAUAAAGAAAAGUACAGAGAGAUCCUUCAUGAAAACCUGCUUCAGAGCACACAGGACCUCAGACUGGGGCGAAGGUUCACUUUCCAACAGGACAACGACCUAAGCACACAGCCAAGACAACGCAGGAUUGGCUUCGGGACAAGUCUCUGAAUGUCCUUGAGUGGCCCAGCCAGAGCCCGAACGAACAUCUCUGGAGAGACCUGAAAAUAGGUGUGUAGCGAUUCUCCCCUACCAACCUGACAGAGCUUGAGAGGAUCUGCAGAGAAUAAUGGGAGAAACUCCCCAAAUACAGGUGUGCCAAGAUUGUUGCGUCAUACCCAAGAAGACUUGAAGCUGUAAAGGCUGCCAAAGGUGCUUCAACAAAAUACUGAGUAACUUCUACGGGAUCGGUGUCCCUUAUACGGACGGUUGUUACUCAAUAUGCGAAAUGUGACUAGAAUGGAGUUUUAGUCAACUUUCCAGGACAUAGACAUGUCUUAUAUGGGCAGAAAGCUUAAAUUAUUGUUAAUCUAACUACAGUGUCCAAUUUACAGUAGAUAUUACAGCUAAAAAAAAUACCUUGCUAUUGUUUGAGCAUAGUGCACAACAACUAAACACAUUUAUCAAGGCAACUGGUUUGAUACAUUCACCUCUAGAGGUAAAUAAUGUAUUUACAUUCAGUAAUCUUGCUCUGAUUUGUCAUCCUGAGGGUCCCAGAGAUCAAAUGUGGAGUAGUUUUGUUUGAAAAAUGAAUUUUUAUAUUCAAAUGUAGGAACUGGGAGAUACAGUUUGACCUCUGACUCCUCACCCACCCCGCCCGGCCAUCUAGAUGUGUGAAGGUUAGUGUAUUUUCUGUAGGGAAGCUAAUGAUACAUCAUUUAUGACAUUCCUGGGAGUGUGCAAACUUAAAUGUUGUAUUACCAUAGCAUUUUUGUAUGUUCUCUAUAGUUAUGUACUUGAAAACCAAUUCGGCACAUGUGGGAAAACUCCUGGCAGACUUGAUACAAAAUAUUGUAUACUGGAUCACUCUGAAACUUUGCACACACACUGCUGCCAUCUGGUGGACAACAUAUCAAUUCAUCUAGAAUCCUACAUCACUGUCUGGUAUUUCUCUUGCAUUUCAAAGAUGAUGCAAAAAAAUUAAAAUAGAAAACGCAUGUUUUUUUGUUUGUAUUAUCUUUUACCAGAUCUAAUGUGUUAUAUUCUCCUACAUUGAUUUCACAUUUCCGCAAACUUCAAAGUGGUUCCUUUCAAAUGUAAUCAAGAAUAUGCAUAUCCUUGCUUCAGGUCCUGAGCUACAGGCAGUUAGAUUUGGGUAUGUCAUUUUAGGGGGGGGUAAAAAAAAAAAAAAAAAAAAAAAGGGUCCAAUCCUUAAGAGGGUAAAGGGUCUGUAAAUGUGAUAUUUCAGUUUUGUAUUUUUAUAAAUUUGCAAACAUUUAAAAAAAACCUGUUUUUGCUUUGUCAUUAUGGGUAUUGUGUGUAGAUUGAUGAUGGAAAAAAACGAUUUAAUCAAUUUUAGAAUAAGGCUGUAAAGUAACAAAAUGUGGAAAAAGUCAGGUGUCUGAAUACUUUCACAAUGCACUGUAUCUGACAUUGUAUUCCCAUUUGAACUUAGAUGUGCUUUUAAAUGUUUGAAAGCGCAGUGAUAGACAUUUGGGUGACAACUUAACCAACAAUAAGACAUUGUUUUUCCAUUGGAAUUUUGUUGUGCUUUUAGUUGGUUGAAAGCAUAGUGAUAACAUAUUGGAAAUUCAGCUAACUUUUGGCUGUCUUUUUGAGUGGGUGAAUACACUAAGUAUACCAAACAUUAGGAACACCUUCCUAAUAUUGAAUUGCAUACCCUGCCUUUUGCCCUCAGAACUGCCUCAAUUCGUCUGGGCAUGGACUCUACAAGGUUCUACAGGGAUGCUGGCUCCAAUGCUUCCCACAGUUGUGUCAAGUUAGCUGGAUGUCCUUUGGGUGGUGGAUCAUUCUUAAUACACACGGGAAACUGUUGAGCGUCCGAGUGGCGCAGCGGUCUAAGGCACUGCAUCUCAGUGCUUGAGUUGUCACUACAGACCCCCUGGUUCGAUUCCAGGCUGUAUCACAACCAGCCGUGAUUGGGAGUUCCAUAGGGCGGCGCACAAUUGGCCCAGCGUCGUCCGGGUUUGGCCGGUGUAGGCCGUCAUUGUAAAUAAGAAUUUGUUCUUAACUGACUUGCCUAGUUAAAUUAAACAUUUUUAAAAACAGCUGUUUUCAUAGCAAGUUUUAGCUAAAUCGUGUUAGCCGCUAACGCUAAUCACUAGAUAGCUGGCUAACUAGCUAGCUAAUAAUAAUAAUAAUAAUAUAAUAUAAUAAUAUGCCAUUUAGCAGACGCUUAAUAAAUGUACUGAGUCAGAGCAAACGUAGCUAGCUAAAACAGCCUAGUCUGUCUACUUGGCUGAGGCCAUAUGGUUGUUUUAGUCUCUACUUGGCUGAGGCCAUAUGGUUGUUUUAGUCUCUACUUGGCUGAGGCCAUGUGGUUGUUUUAUUUUGUCUACUUUGAGGCCAUAUGGUUGUUUUAUUCUGUCUACUUUGAGGCCAUAUGGUUGUUUUAUUCUGUCUAGGAGACUAUUCAGGAUUGAGGGAAAGAUGAAUAAAGAAAAGUACAGAGAGAUCCUUCAUGAAAACCUGCUUCAGAGCACACAGGACCUCAGACUGGGGCGAAGGUUCACUUUCCAACAGGACAACGACCUAAGCACACAGCCAAGACAACGCAGGAUUGGCUUCGGGACAAGUCUCUGAAUGUCCUUGAGUGGCCCAGCCAGAGCCCGAACGAACAUCUCUGGAGAGACCUGAAAAUAGGUGUGUAGCGAUUCUCCCCUACCAACCUGACAGAGCUUGAGAGGAUCUGCAGAGAAUAAUGGGAGAAACUCCCCAAAUACAGGUGUGCCAAGAUUGUUGCGUCAUACCCAAGAAGACUUGAAGCUGUAAAGGCUGCCAAAGGUGCUUCAACAAAAUACUGAGUAACUUCUACGGGAUCGGUGUCCCUUAUACGGACGGUUGUUACUCAAUAUGCGAAAUGUGACUAGAAUGGAGUUUUAGUCAACUUUCCAGGACAUAGACAUGUCUUAUAUGGGCAGAAAGCUUAAAUUAUUGUUAAUCUAACUACAGUGUCCAAUUUACAGUAGAUAUUACAGCUAAAAAAAAUACCUUGCUAUUGUUUGAGGAUAGUGCACAACAACUAAACACAUUUAUCAAGGCAACUGGUUUGAUACAUUCACCUCUAGAGGUAAAUAAUGUAUUUACAUUCAGUAAUCUUGCUCUGAUUUGUCAUCCUGAGGGUCCCAGAGAUCAAAUGUGGAGUAGUUUUGUUUGAAAAAUGAAUUUUUAUAUUCAAAUGUAGGAACUGGGAGAUACAGUUUGACCUCUGACUCCUCACCCACCCCGCCCGGCCAUCUAGAUGUGUGAAGGUUAGUGAAUUUUCUGUAGGGAAGCUAAUGAUACAUCAUUUAUGACAUUCCUGGGAGUGUGCAAACUUAAAUGUUGUAUUACCAUAGCAUUUUUGUAUGUUCUCUAUAGUUAUGUACUUGAAAACCAAUUCGGCACAUGUGGGAAAACUCCUGGCAGACUUGAUACAAAAUAUUGUAUACUGGAUCACUCUGAAACUUUGCACACACACUGCUGCCAUCUGGUGGACAACAUAUCAAUUCAUCUAGAAUCCUACAUCACUGUCUGGUAUUUCUCUUGCAUUUCAAAGAUGAUGCAAAAAAAUUAAAAUAGAAAACGCAUGUUUUUUUGUUUGUAUUAUCUUUUACCAGAUCUAAUGUGUUAUAUUCUCCUACAUUGAUUUCACAUUUCCGCAAACUUCAAAGUGGUUCCUUUCAAAUGUAAUCAAGAAUAUGCAUAUCCUUGCUUCAGGUCCUGAGCUACAGGCAGUUAGAUUUGGGUAUGUCAUUUUAGGGGGGGGUAAAAAAAAAAAAAAAAAAAAAAGGGUCCAAUCCUUAAGAGGGUAAAGGGUCUGUAAAUGUGAUAUUUCAGUUUUGUAUUUUUAUAAAUUUGCAAACAUUUAAAAAAACCUGUUUUUGCUUUGUCAUUAUGGGUAUUGUGUGUAGAUUGAUGAUGGAAAAAAACGAUUUAAUCAAUUUUAGAAUAAGGCUGUAACGUAACAAAAUGUGGAAAAAGUCAGGUGUCUGAAUACUUUCACAAUGCACUGUAUCUGACAUUGUAUUCCCAUUUGAACUUAGAUGUGCUUUUAAAUGUUUGAAAGCGCAGUGAUAGACAUUUGGGUGACAACUUAACCAACAAUAAGACAUUGUUUUUCCAUUGGAAUUUUGUUGUGCUUUUAGUUGGUUGAAAGCAUAGUGAUAACAUAUUGGAAAUUCAGCUAACUUUUGGCUGUCUUUUUGAGUGGGUGAAUACACUAAGUAUACCAAACAUUAGGAACACCUUCCUAAUAUUGAAUUGCAUACCCUGCCUUUUGCCCUCAGAACUGCCUCAAUUCGUCUGGGCAUGGACUCUACAAGGUUCUACAGGGAUGCUGGCUCCAAUGCUUCCCACAGUUGUGUCAAGUUAGCUGGAUGUCCUUUGGGUGGUGGAUCAUUCUUAAUACACACGGGAAACUGUUGAGCGUCUGAGUGGCGCAGCGGUCUAAGGCACUGCAUCUCAGUGCUUGAGUUGUCACUACAGACCCCCUGGUUCGAUUCCAGGCUGUAUCACAACCAGCCGUGAUUGGGAGUCCCAUAGGGCGGCGCACAAUUGGCCCAGCGUCGUCCGGGUUUGGCAGGUGUAGGCCGUCAUUGUAAAUAAGAGUUUGUUUUUAACUGACUUGCAUAGUUAAAUAAAGGUAAAAUACAUUUUAAAAAAUAACCCAGCAGCGUUGCAGUUCAUAACACACCUGGCAUCUACUACCAUACCCCGUUCAAAGGCACUUAAAUAUUUUGUCUUGACCCUUCACCCUCUGAAUGGAACACAUACACAAUCCAUGUCUCAAGGCUUAAAAAUCCUUCUUUAACCUGUCUCCUCCCCUUCAUCUAUACUGAAGUAGAUUUAACAAGUGGCAUCAAUAAAGGAUCAAUUAUGAUUCCAAGAUGGCAUAGCAGUGCGGUCGUAUAUUAUGUUGUGUCCUCGUGUAAAUAGCCUGUUUUUUUGUUUGUUUUUUGUCUUUUUUCGUAUAUAUUUCUCUAUCUCACUUUCCAUCAUUAACUAAAUAUACUUUCCUGCAACCCGCCUCACCCAAUGUGGAACAGAUUCUAUUAUUUCUUCAUACCUUUUAUCAAGAACCCACGGCUGAAACUAGCCAGCUAGCCAGCUAACUAGCCACUUGCUAUUAGCUAUUGCUAUUAGCCACUUUUAGUUGUUUUCACCACUGUCCGUGGCCUGCAAUACCUACCAGCCAGCUCUAGCCUGGACAAUUAUCGGCCAGUCUGCACAGCGUGCUAUCGACCCAGAGCAUUUCGGAUUUUCUGCCGGAAUCACUGAAUCACUGGACCUUAACACCGGAUCAUCACAACUAGCUAGCUGCAACCGAAUGGAUGCUGUUGUUGGCUAAUCACCACUAAUCACCACUUGUCUCAAAGCUAGCACCACUUAGCCUUGAGCUAGCCUCAAGCCAGGCCCAUCUCCAGGCUAUCCACCUCUCUGUCAACCGGACGGGACCUCCUAGUGUCGACACGGAGCCCCGCCGAUCCAUCAUGACUGGUCUGCUGACGUAAUCGUCUGAUGUGGUUUCAACAGGCUUCCCGUUGCGACGACCACAAAGAUCCUUCUGCUAGCCCCAGCCCGCUAGCACGCGCAAUCAACAGCCAUGCCUCCUGCUCGCCUGUGCUGUAGCAGCCUACGAACUGCUCCCGGACUUACCUAUUGCGGUUCACUGAACCUUAUGAUCACUCAGCUACACAUCUGAUGCCCGCUGGACUGUUCCUUUACACGGUACCCCAUCCUGUUUAUCUGUUUAGCCUCAGCCCAAACUUUCAUCGCCAUUACCAGUUGUUGUCUUAGCUCUCUCUAAUAACACCUGUGAUUGCUUUAUGCCUUUCUCCCAUGUCAAUAUGCCUUGCCUAUUGCUGUUCCACUUAGUUCUUAUUAUACAUUUCACUGUAGAGCCCAAAGUCCCUCUCAAACUGCCUCAAAUAGCUCCUUUGUUCCACCCCCCAUACACGCGGAGACCGGCUCAAUCGGUACCUCCAGUGAUCUCUUUCAUCGUUACCCAAUGCUUAGGUUUACCUCCACUGUACUCAUAUCCUUCCAUAUCCUUGUCUGUACAUAAUGCCCUGAAUCUAUUCUACAACGCCCGGAAAAUGCCCCGUUUAUUCUCUGUACCCAACGCACUAGAAGACCAGUUCUUAGCCUUUAGCCAUAUACUUAUUCUAUUCAAAUCAAAUCUUUUCAGUCUCCUGAGGGGGAAUAGGCUUUGUCGUGCCCUCUUCACGACUGUCUUGGUGUGUUUGGACCAUGAUAGUUCGUUGGUGAUGUGGACACCAAGGAACUUGAAGCUCUCAACCUGUUCCACUACAGCCCCGUCGAUGAGAAUGGGGGCGUGCUCAGUCCUUUUUUUUUUCCUGUAGUCCACAAUCAUCUCCUUUGUCUUGGUCACGUUGAGUUGGAGAUGGUUGUUGUCCUGGCACCACAUGGCCAGGUCUCUGACCUCCUCCCUAUAGGCUGUCGUAUCGUUGUCGGUGAUCAGGCCUACCACUGUUGUGUCGUCGGCAAACUUAAUGAUGGUGUUGGAGUUGUGCCUGGCCAUGCAGUCAUGGGUGAACAGGGAGUACAGGAGGGGACUGAGCACGCACCCCUGAGGGGCCCCCGUGUUGAGGAUCAGUGUGGCAGAUGUGUUGUUACCUACCCUUACCACCUGGGGGCGGCCCGUCAGGAAGUCCAGGAUCCAGUUGCAGAGGGAGGUGUUUAGUCCCAGGAUCCUUAGCUUAGUGAUGAGCUUAGAGGGCACUAUGGUGUUGAAUGCUGAGCUGUAGUCAAUGAAUAGCAUUCUCACGUAGGUGUUCCUCUUGUCCAGGUGGGAAAGGGCAGUGUGGAGUGCAAUAGAGAUUGCAUCAUCUGUGGAUCUGUUGGGGCGGUAUGCAAAUUGGAGUGGGUCUAGGGUUUCUGGGAUAAUGCUGUUGAUGUGAGCCAUGACCAGCCUUUCAAAGCACUUCAUGGCUACAGACGUCAGUGCUAUGGGUCGGUAGUCAUUUAGGCAGGUUAUCUUAGAGUCCUUGGGCACGGGGACUAUGGUGGUCUGCUUGAAACAUGUUGGUAUUACAGACUCAGUCAGGGACAUGUUGAAAAUGUCAGUGAAGACACUUGCCAGUUGGUCAGCACAUGCUAGGAGUACACAUCCUGGUAAUCCGUCUGGCCCUGCGGCCUUGCUUAAAAGUCUUACUCACAUCGGCUACGGAGAGCGUGAUCACAUAGUCAUCCGGAACAGCUGGUGCUCUCAUGCAUCCUCCUCUGUUCCUCUGGUGAUGUAGAGGUUAACCCAGGCCCUGUAGCCCCCAGGUGCUAUCAUUUGUUGACUUCUGUAACAGUAAAAGCCUUGGUUUCUUGCAUGUUAACAUCAGAAGCCUCCUCCCCAAGUUUGAGUUAUUCACUGCGUUACCACACUCUGCCAACCCAGAUGUUCUAGCAGUGUCUGAAUCCUGGCUUAGUAGGAUAGUCAGUUUUACAAGGGCAUGUCUGGCAGCAUGAGUGAAGGAGGCUUUGUUGCGAAAUAGGAAGCCGAUUCUAGAUUUAACUUUGGAUUGGAGAUUCUUAAUGUGAGUCUGGAAGGAGAGUUUACGGUCUAACCAGACACCUAGGUAUUUGUAGUUGUCCACAUACUGUAGGUCAGACCCACCGAGAGUAGUGACUCUAGUCGGGUAUGCGGGUGCCAGCAGCGUUCGAUUGAAGAGCAUGCAUUUAGUUUUACUAGUGUUUAAGAGCAGUUGGAGGCUACGGAAGAAGUGUUGUAUGGCAUUGAAGCUCUUUUGGAGGUUUGUUAACACAGUGUCCAAUGAAGGGCCAGAUGUAUACAAAAUGGUGUCGUCUGCGUAGAGGUGGAUCUGAGAGUCACCAGCAGCAAGAGCGACAUCAUUGAUAUACACAGAGAAAAGAGUCGGCCCAAGAAUUGAACCCUGUGGCAUCCCCAUAGAGACUGCCAGAGGUCCAGACAACAGGCCCUCCGAUUUGACACAUUGAACUCUAUCUGAGAAGUAGUUGGUGAACCAGGCGAGGCAGUCAUUUGAGAAACCAAGGCUAUUUAGUCUGCCAAUAAGAAUGCGGUGGUUGACAGAGUCAAAAGCCUUGGCCAGGUCGAUGAAGACGGCUGCACAGUACUGUCUAUUAUCGAUCGCAGUUAUAAUAUCGUUUAGGACCUUGAGCGUGGCUGAGGUGCACCCAUGACGGUGAUCUGUUUGUUAACUUGGCUUUCAAAAACUUUCGAAAGGCAGGGCAGGAUGGAUAUAGGUCUGUAACAGUUUGGAUCUAGAGUGUCACCCCCUUUGAAGAGGGGGAUGACCCCGGCAGCUUUCCAAUCUCUGGGGAUCUCAGACGUUACAAAAGAGAGGUUGAACAGGCUAGUAAUAAGGGUUGCGACAAUUUCGGCGGCUAAUUUUUAGAAAGAAAGGGUCCAGAUUGUCUAGCCCAGAUGAUUUGUAUGGGUCCCAGUGGCGGCUCCUGAAAAAAUUCUCAGGAGGGGCAAUUUUUCUGAUGAUUUAGGUGACCUACACACAUUUAAAAAAAGAUAUGUCCAGCAACAACAUGAAGACAGGGGCAGCAUAUAAGUCAAUACCAGAAGCAUUUAUUGACUGAUCUCAAAAGUGUUGGCUUACCAGGGUUGGUGGAGCCCUCAGUUUCAUCUUUGCCUCGCAAAGCUAACUCAAACACUCCGCAAAACUUCACACACUGGAUUAGCCGGCUGAGGAUGUGGCGGUUCUUGCUAAUGUCGUAGUAAAUAUAUUUGUUAUAGUGAAUAUGGAAUAUGAUAUGUUGAGUAAAAUGUUGUGCUAAGAUCUAUUUAGGUCAGGAGCUGGUUAUAAGUUCUGUUCCUAUCCAAUAACAAUGGACAAAAGGGUCCUAUCUUGUCAGCCUUGUCAGCAGGUGGCCAAGGACAACACCCACGCCAUAGGCCUCUCAGUUCUUCCAACUCACGAGUUCUUGCUCUGAGGACACACACACACACAAACACACACACACACACACAUCAUCACUGUUAAACACACACACACACACAUCAUCACUGUUAAACACACACACACACACACACACACAAAAAUCCCCUCUCUUAGGCUGAACAUUUGAAGACAGAGAACCCGACUCAGAGCCAAUGCAACAGUGACAGUAGCCUGCAGGGGACCUCGCCCAACUCAUCAGGACCAAUCAGAAGAUCAGAACUACUAGAUUGAACCUACUUCAUUUAUUGCAUAAAAUGUCUGCACACAAUGUUUCGGGGCUCACUUCAGAUAAUAAUAAUAAUAAUAAUAAUAAUAAUAAUAAUAAUAUGCCAUUUAGCAGACGCUUUUAUCCAAAGCGACUUACAGUCAUGCGUGCAUACAUUUUUGUGUAUGGGUGGUCCCGGGGAUCGAACCCACUACCUUGGCGUUACAAGCACCAUGCUCUACCAGCUGAGCUACAGAAAGUGGAUACUCAUGGAUGCGCAUUGCAAUUGUAAAAUGUCAACACAAUUGGAGACACCACGUCAUUUUUGGAGACAUGUUAUUGACAGUAAACUAUUGUAGAUGCGACUGCUAACUAAAUAAAACAUUUUAGCUGGCUAGCUAAUCAUCUUAGCUAAAUGUGGGGCAAACAAUUCAGUUAUUUACCGUUAAUUUGAGGGAUUGGGGUGAAAGAAAUCGAGUUACAUAGUGAUACUUUACGAUAUACUGUAUUGACAAUAUCGCAAUAUUUUAGCGCUAGUUGGCUGUACCUGCACCAAAACACCAUUAUUGUUCCUUCAUAGCUUGUUCUCAAUCUUUUCACAUUGGGAGCAAAUUUGUUUUCAGCACUUUUAUUUCCAUGACUGAUCAAAACUCGUUCUCAUGGCUUUCUGAUCCCUCUGCAACAGACAUAUGGUGCGCAAUAAAAUCACAGUAUCGAAUCGCAAUACGUAUAGAAUCAUGAGACUCGCAAUGCUGAUGCAUAUAUCUUAUCGUGAGGUUCCUGGCAAUUCCCAGCCCAAGUUCAUUUGCCACAACAAAUCUCUUCGCUAGCAAACGCGAUGUCUUCUCCAAAACGGCAAUGUGUCUCCAGCAAUGUUUACUUUUUUGACGUUCUAUGGCAUCUCCACUUUCCAAGCAUAUAUGACCACAUGUAAUAUUUUGGUAAGUGAUGCAAAUAGUGAACUAUGUAGGGCCAGGAUGUAAAAUAUAUGUAGCUGCAGCAAUUUCUCUUAUCUGAUAUGGUAAGUAAUGGGGCUUAAUUUAUAGCUCCCUAAGAGUUUGACGAACGGGUCCGUGAACGCGAUUCCAGAUAUAUUUACCUCUGAAUAAACUGCCUUUAUUACACCAUAUCCACAUCCAGUAAACUUGUGAUUAUCAACACUAACCUCAUCGUUGUGGCGGCGGACAGCUAGCCUGUAUCCCUCGUCAUCCAGUUGAGUGAGUGGCAAUGUCUUUUUUCGUUCGUACCAAUUUUUGGAAAAUCCUCGGGUGUAGGACUUUCCGCCUUUAGUAGAAACCUGUUGAAUUAUUAAAUUUGGUCUGGGAGGUCCUAAUUGUUUCGUUGCCAAUUUAUCUCCAUUUGUUCGCCGACAAAAAGGAACUUCUUUCAAACAAUCCACUCUUUUCUCAGUUACGUUCAUGGUUACGUAACGUAUGACGAAAGCGCGUAAGUGCAAGCCCACAGACACCCAUUGAGAUUGUAUUGAAGGCUCUGAAAUUUGAAAAAAAUAGAUUUUACAUGGGAGUCUAUUACAGACUUCUGGGCGAUUUUCAACCUGACUGAAAUCGCCCCAAAAGGGGGGGGAGCCAUUUGAAGCACGACUUUAGCCUGAUUCGACAUUUAGUGGCAGUGUGGCACUGUGGCAGAUCAGACGUAUAGAUUACAACACUGAUAACUACUGUUGCCGUGAUAUAAUUGAUUAGAAAAAAAAUCCCUUCCUUUUCCCGUUUGGCAGUGCGUCGCCCAUAUCGCCCUAUUGAACAGGCCGCCCCUGAUGGGUCCAGAUUUUGCAACUCUUUCAGAACAUCAGUGGUCUGAAUUUGUGUAAAGGAGAAGCUGGGGGGGGCAUGGGCAAGUUGCAGCGGAGGGUGCAGAGAUGGUAGCCGGGGUUGUGGUAGUGUUAGAAAUUGAAAUACGGUGGGAUUCGAAAUGGUCGGUGAUCUGUUUGUUAACUUGGCUUUCAAAUACUUUCAAAAGGCAGGGCAGGAUGGAUAUAGGUGGGUGCAUAGCUGGUGGCCGGGGUAGUGGUAGCCAGGUGGGACGCAUGGCCAGCCGUAGCAAAAUGAUUGUUGAAAUUCUCGAUUAUUGUUGCUUUAUCGGUGGUGAUAGUGUUUCCUAGCCUCAGUGCAGUGGGCAGCUGAGAGGAGGUGCUCUCAUUCUCCAUGGACUUUACAGUGUCCCAAAACCUUUUGGAGUUAGUGCUACAGGAUGCAAAUUUCUGUUUGAAAAAGCUAGCCUUUGCUUUCCUAACUGCUUGUGUAUAUUGGUUCCUAACUUCCCUGAAAAGUUGCAUAUCGCGGGGGCUAUUCGAUGCUAAUGCAGUACGCCACAGGAUGUUUUUGUGCUGGUCAAGGGCAGUCAAAUCUGGGGAGAACCAGGUGCUAUAUCUGUUCUUAGUACUGCAUUUUUUGAAUGGGGCAUGUUUAUUUAAGAUUGAGAGGAAAGCACUUUUAAAGAACAACCAGGCAUCCUUUACUGACGGAAUGAGAUCGAUAUCCAUCCAGGAUACCUGGGCCAGGUCAAUUAGGAAGGCCUGCUCGCUAAAGUGUUUUAGGGAGCAUUUGACAGUGAUGAGGGGUGGUCGUUUGACCGCGGACCUGUUUACGGACGCAGGCAAUAAGGCAGUGAUCGCUGAGAUCCUGGUUGAAGACAGCGGAGGUGUAUUUAGAGGGUAAGUUAGUCAGGAUAAUAUCUAUGAGGGUGCCCAUGUUUACGGAUUUAGGGUUGUACCUGGUAGGUUCCUUAAAUAUUUGUGUGAGAUUGAGGGCAUCUAGUUUGGAUUGUAGGAUGGCCGGGGUGUUAAGCAUAUCCCAGUUUAGGUCACCAAGCAGUACGAACUCUGAGGAUAGAUGGGGGGCAAUCAAUUCAUAUAUGGUGUACAGGGCACAGCUGGGGGCUGAGGGGGGGCUGUAGCAAGUGGCAACAGUGAGAGACUUAUUUCUGGAAAGGUGGAUUUUUAGAAGUAGGAGCUCAAACUGUUUGGGCACAGACCUGGAUAGUAUGAUAGAGCUCUGCCUUCCUAAGACAGGAUUCAGACACUUCUAGAACAUCAGGGUUGGCGGAGUGUGCUAACGCAGUGAAUAACUCAAACUUAGGGAGGAGGCUUCUGAUGUUAACAUGCAAAAAACCAAGGCUUUUAUGGUUACAGAAGUCAACAAAUGAUAGUUCCUGGGGAGUAGGAGUGAUACUGAGGGCUGCAGGGCCUGGGUUAACCUCUGCAUCACCAGAGGAAUAGAGGAGGACUAGAAUAAGGAUACGGCUAAAGGCUUUAAGAACUGGUCUUCUAGUGCGUUUGGUACAGAGAAAAGGGGCAGAUUUCCGGGCGUUGUAGAAUAGAUUCAGGGCAUUAUGUACAGACAAGGAUACAUUGGAGGUAAAUCUAAGCGUUGGGUAACAAUGAAAGAGAUAGUAUCACUGGAGGUAACCGAUUGAGCCGGUCUCCGCGUGUAUGGGGGUGGAACAAAGGAGCUAUUUGAGGCAGUUUGAGAGGGACUUUGGGCUCUACAGUGAAAUGUAUAAUAAGAACUAAGUGGAACAGCAAUAGGCAAGGCAUAUUGACAUGGGAGAGAGGCAUAAAGCAAUCACAGGUGUUAUUCGAGAAAGCUAAGACAACAACUGGUAAUGGCGAUGAAAGUUUGGGCUGAGGCUAAAUAGAUAAACAGGACAGAUAAACAGGAUAGGGUACCGUUUAAAGGAACAGUCCAGCAGGCAUCAGCUGUUCAGCUGAGUGAUCAUAAGGUCCAGUGAACAACAAUAUGUGAGUCCGGGAGCAGUUCGAAUUGGUGCUACAGCACAGGCGAGCAGGAAGCACAGCUGUUGUUUGCGUGUGCUAGCGGGCCGUGGCUAGCAGAUGGAUCUUCAUGGUCGUCGCAACGGGAAGACUGUUGAAACCACAGACGAUUACGUCGGUAGACCAGUCGUGAUGGAUCGGCGGGGCUCCGUGUCGACACUAGGAGGUCCCGUCCGGUUGACAGAGAGGUAGAUAGCCGGGAGAUGGGCCUGACUCGAGGCUAGCUCAAGGCUGAUUAGCCAACAACUACAUCCAUUUGGUUGCAGCUAGCUAGUUGCGAUGAUCCAGUGUUAAAGGUCCAGUGAUUCAGUGAUUCCGGCAGAAAAUCUGAUAUGUUCUGGGUCGAUAACGCGCUGUGCAGACAGUGCAGACUGGCCGAUAAUAGUCCAGGCUAGAGCUGGCUGGUAGAUAGUGCAGGCCACGGACAAUGGUGAAAAACCGCUAACGGAGGCUAAUAGCAGGUAGCUAGUUAGCUGGCUACUCCGGUCCGGUAGACAGAGAGGUAGAUAGCCGGGAUAUGGGCCUGGCUCAAGGCUAGCUCAAGGCUAACUGGUGCUUGCUUCAGGGGCAGUGGUGAUUAGCCAACAGCAACAUCCAUUCGACAUCCAUUCGGUUGCGGCUAGCUAGUUGCGAUCCGGUUUUAAGGUCCAGUGAUUCAGUUAUUCCGGCAGAAAAUCUGAUGUUCUGGGUGAAAACCGCAAACGGUGGCUAAUAGCAAGUAGCUAGUUAGCUGGCUAGCUAGUUUCAACUGGAGAUUCUAGAUAAAAGUUAAGUAAAUAAUAGAGUCCGUUCCACAUUGAGCGAGGCGGGUUGCAGGAAAGUAUAUUUAGAAGAAGGAUGAAAAGUGUGAUAUGGAAAUAUAUACGAAAAAGACAAAAAAAUAAAAAAUAAAUAGGCUAUUUACACUGACACACAACAGAGUACACGACCACACUGCUACGCCAUCUUGGAUAGUGGUAAAGUAUUGUUCUAGGUUAGUUGUAGUUCCACAUACAGGGUAACUAUAGCUCCACAUACAGGUUAUAUAUAGGUACAGGUUAGGUACACUUCCACAUACAGGUUAGUUAUAGAUACAGGUUAGGUAUAGCUCCACAUACAGGAUAAGUAUAGUUCUAGGUUAGUUAGGUAUUGUUCCAAAUACAGGUUAGGUAUCGUUCCAGGUUAGAUAUAGUUCCACAUAAGGGUUAAGUACAGUUCCACAUACAGGGUAAGUAUAGCUGCGCAUACAGGUUAGGAAUAGAUACAGGUUAGGAAUAGAUACAGGUUAGGAAUAGAUACAGGUUAGGUAUAGAUAAAGGUUAGGAAUAGAUACAGGUUAGGAAUAGAUACAGGUUAGGAAUAGAUACAGGUUAGGUAUAGACACAGGUUAGGAAUAGAUACAGGUUAGGAAUAGAUACAGGUUAGGUAUAGAUACAGGUUAGGAAUAGAUACAGGUUAGGAAUAGAUACAUGUUAGGAAUAGAUACAGGUUAGGAAUAGAUACAGGUUAGGAAUAGAUACAGGUUAGGAAUAGAUACAGGUUAGGAAUAGAUACAGGUUAGGAAUAGAUACAGGUUAGGAAUAGAUACAGGUUAGGUAUAGACACAGGUUAGGUAUAGAUACAGGUUAGGUAUAGAUACAGGUUAGGUAUAGAUACAGGUUAGGAAUAGAUACAGGUUAGGAAUAGAUACAGGUUAGGAAUAGAUACAGGUUAGGAAUAGAUACAGGUUAGUAUAGAUACAGGUUAGGUAUAGAUAUAGGUUUAGGAAUAGAUACAGGUUAGGAAUAGAUACAGGUUAGGAAUAGAUACAGGUUAGGUAUAGAUACAGGUUAGGUAUAGAUACAGGUUAGGAAUAGAUACAGGUUAGGAAUAGAUACAGGUUAGGUAUAGAUACAGGUUAGGUAUAGAUACAGGUUAGGAAUAGAUACAGGUUAGGAAUAGAUACAGGUUAGGAAUAGAUACAGGUUAGGUAUAGAUACAGGUUAGGUAUUGAUACAGGUUAGGUAUAGAUAUAGGUUAGGUAUAGAUACAGGUUAGGUAUAGAUACAGGAUAGGCAUAGAUAGAGGUUAGGCAUAGAUACAGGUUAGGUAUAGAUACAGGUUAGGAAUAGAUACAGGUUAGGUAUAGAUACAGGUUAGGAUAGAUACAGGUUGGAAUGAUACAGAUUAGGUAUAGAUACAGGUUAGGUAUAGAUACAGGUUUAGGUAUAGACACAGGUUAGUUAUAGCUACAGGUUAGGAAUAGUUACAGGUUAGGAAUAGAUACAGGUUAGGAAUAGAUACAGGUUAGGUAUAAUAACAGGUAGGAUAAAAACAGGUUAGGAAUAGAUACAGGUUAGGUAUAGAUACAGGUUAGGAAUAGAUACAGGUUAGGUAUAGAUACAGGUUAGGAAUAGAUACAGGUUAGGAAUAGAUGCAAGUUAGGUAUAGAUACAGGUUAGGAAUAGAUACAGGUUAGGAAUAGAUACAGGUUAGGAAUAGAUACAGGUUAGGUAUAGACACAGGUUAGGUAUAGAUACAGGUUAGGUAUAGAUACAGGUUAGGUAUAGAUACAGGUUAGGUAUAGAUAAACCGGUUAGGUAUAGAUACAGGUUAGGUAUAGAUACAGGUUAGGAUAGAUACAGGUUAGGAAUAGAUACAGGUUAGGAAUAGAUAAGGUUAGGAAUAGAGAUCCAGGUUAGUAUAGAUACAGGUUAGGAAUGAUACAGGUUAGGUAUAGAUACAUGUUAGGAAUAGAUACAGGUUAGGAAUAGAUACAGGUUAGGUAUAGAUACAGGUUAGGUAUAGAUACAGGUUAGGAUAGAUACAGGUUAGGAUAUAGAUACAGGUUUAGGAAUAGAUACAGGUUAGGUAUAGAUACAGGUUAGGUAUAGAUACAGGUUAGGUAUAGAUACAGGUUAGGAAUAGAUACAGGUGAGGCAUAGAUACAGGUUAGGUAUAGAUACAGGUUAGGAAUAUAUACAGGUUAGGUAUCGAUACAGGUUAGGAAUAGAUACAGGUUAGGAAUAGAUACAGGUUAAGAAUAGAUACAGGUUAGGAAUAGAUACAGGUUAGGAAUAGAUACAGGUUAGGUAUAGAUACAGGUUAGGUAUAGAUACAGGUUAGGUAUAGAUACAGGUUAGGAAUAGAUACAGGUUAGGAAUAGAUACAGGUUAGGAAUAGAUACAGGUUAGGUAUAGAUACAGGUUAGGAAUAGAUACAGGUUAGGAAUAGAUACAGGUUAAGAAUAGAUACAGGUUAGGUAUAGAUACAGGUUAGGCAUAGUUCCAUAUACAGGUUAGGUAUAGAUACAGGUUAGGAAUAGAUACAGGUUAGGUAUAGUUCCACAUACAGGUUGGGUAAGUCCCCUGUAGCUCAGUUGGUAGAGCAUGGCGCUUGCAACGCCAGGGUUGUGGGUUCGUUUCCCACGGGGGGCCAGUAUGAAAAAUGUAUGCACUCACUAACUGUAAGUCGCUCUGGAUAAGAGUGUCUGCUAAAAUGACAAAAAAAAAAAAGUACAGUUCCUCAUAGAUGUUAGGUACAGUUCCACACAAAGGUUAGGUACAGUUCCUCAUACAUGUUAGGUACAGUUCCACACAAAGGUUAGGUACAGUUCCUCAUAGAUGUUAGGUACUGUUCCACACAAAGGUUAGGUACAGUUCCUCAUAGAUGUUAGGUACUGUUCCACACAAAGGUUAGGUACAGUUCCUCAUACAUGUUAGGUACUGUUCCACACAAAGGUUAGGUACAGUUCCACACAAAGGUUAGGUACAGUUCCUCAUAGAUGUUAGGUACUGUUCCACACAAAGGUUAGGUACAGUUCCUCAUAGAUGUUAGGUACUGUUCCACACAAAGGUUAGGUACAGUUCCUCAUACAUGUUAGGUACAGUUCCACACAAAGGUUAGGUACAGUUCCUCAUACAUGUUAGGUACAGUUCCACACAAAGGUUAGGUACAGUUCCUCAUACAUGUUAGGUACAGUUCCACACAAAGGUUAGGUACAGUUCCACACAAAGGUUAGGUACAGUUCCUCAUACAUGUUAGAUACAGUUCCAUAUACAGGUUAGGUAUCGUUCCAUAUACAGGUUAGGUAUCGUUCCAUAAACAGGUUAGGUAUCGUUCCAUAUACAGGUUAGGUAUCGUUCCAUAUACAGGUUAGGUAUCGUUCCAUAUACAGGUUAGGUAUAGUUCCUCAUACAGGUUAGGUAUCGUUCCAUAUACAGGUUAGGUAUCGUUUCAUAUACAGGUUAGGUAUAGUUCCAUAUACAGGUUAGGUAUCGUUCCAUAUACAGGUUAGGUAUAGUUCCAUAUACAGGUUAUGUUUAGUUCCAUAUACAGGUUAGGUAUCGUUCCAUAUACAGGUUAGGUAUCGUUCCAUAUACAGGUUAGGUAUAGUUCCAUAUACAGGUUAGGUAUAGUUCCAUAUACAGGUUAGGUAUAGUUCCAUAUACAGGUUAGGUAUCGUUCCAUAUACAGGUUAGGUAUCGUUCCAUAUACAGGUUAGGUAUCGUUCCAUAUACAGGUUAGGUAUAGUUCCAUAUACAGGUUAGGUAUCGUUCCAUAUACAGGUUAGGUAUCGUUCCAUAUACAGGUUAGGUAUAGUUCCAUAUACAGGUUAGGUAUCGUUCCAUAUACAGGUUAGGUAUCGUUCCAUAUACAGGUUAGGUAUCGUUCCAUAUACAGGUUAGGUAUUUGUAUUUGUAUUUAUCAUGGAUCUCCUUUAGCUGCUGCCAAGGCAGUAUUUACUCUUCCUGGGGUCCAGCAAAAUUAAGACAGUUAUACAUUUUAAAAACCUUACAAUACAUUCAUAACAGAUUUCACAACAUAUUAAGUGUGUGCCCUCAGGCCUCUACUCUACUACCACAUAUCUAUAACACAAAAUCCAUGUGUACAUGUGUGUAUAGUGCGUAUGUUAUCGUGUGGUUGUAUGCAUGUGUCUAUGUUUGUGUUGCUUCACAGUCCCCGCUGGUCCAUAAGGUGUAUUUUUAUCUGUUUUCUCUGUUGUCUAUAGGCCGUCUAUAGGCCGCUCCGAGUUCAACGAUGUGCCCCACUUGACCGUAGCUCGCUCGGUCUGACCGCAGUGACUGUGUCUGUGUGUGUCUGUGUGUGUCUGUGUGUGUCUGUGUGUGUCUGUGUGUGUCUGUGUGUGUCUGUGUGUAUGAGAGUAAAACUGUCCAACAGGGGGGCAGAGCAGGCAGCCCCUGUGGAGGCAGGCCACUCUCUCCCCCCUUUCUUUUGGCCUGCUGUCCCUCUGGAGUUCCAAGUCGGUAAGCUGUACUCUCAGGCCCAUGGGAGAUGUCUUUUGAACAGGCAGGGAGUGCAUAAUUAGAGAUAUGGAGCUCCAGAGGUCACAAGGUCAAUGUGGGCCUGCAUGGAAGUCAGCAGGGCCACAAGGGUGCAACAGCUUUAACAGAAUCAAACAAAAAAAAAGUGCCCUAAAGGUUAUUCUAGCUGCGUGCAGCGGUUCAUUCAGUCUGACCCAUCCGAGUUGUUCCCCCACAGGAUAACAUGGGUAUACAUGUAAUGCUCUAACUCUGCUCCUGUUUAUGCAAUUAGCAAAAUUCCUUCUGCCACAUGUUCAGGGUCACCUGUAGCUCUACAGAUAUCAAUAUGAAUACAGUACAUGGUCCCCUUCAUAUCUUAAACGGGAAGUUUUAACAAUAAAUAUUAUGUCAAAUUCCAUUGUAACUAAUUGCCAUGGGAAAGCAGUCAAGUCAGCCAUCCCAUUGAUAAAUUCAUCAAAAACAGUCAAAGGACAGAACAUUUGAAAUGUAUUUCUACAGUAGAGUAUCCCAGUAGUGGACUUUAUUAGUUAAAGCCAUAGUGUACAUUUUUUGUAACAGGUAUGGAAUUGACUGAAUGAUUAAUUGAUUUAAUGGUAAAAGACUGAAUUUGAAUAUGUUUGACUGUGAGCUGACAGCAAGGGAGGAGUUGGAGGUGUGUUUUAGUGGGAGGAGUGUGUUGUGGAAAUAGAAUGUAUUUGACUAGAGGCUGACAGCAUGGGAGGAGUUGGAGGGAGUGGUCUCAGAUGUGUUUAUAAGCAGCAACUAAGCAGCCUGGAGCAUUGUACUUCCUGGAUAGCUGAAGUGAUUGUGUAAAGGUUUUUAUUUACUGUUAUUUCACUUUUCAAUAAUAUAGAUGGCUCCAGUGCGUUCUCUAUUUUGUUCAUGUCCACUUUGCUUUAAGGUUGUGGUUGGCUUCAGUCAGCACCUUAGGCAAGUACACAACGUUCGGAACACUGAGGAGAGGAUUCUCCUUUGUAAUUGGCAGUGGGGCCGUGUCAAUAUCAGGCAGGAGCGGUGUCCAGUGACAGGAUGCUCCACCCAUGUCAGCAGGCUGGACCGGCAUAUGGACUCCCAUACAGAGCUCAACAGAGCACAGAGGAGACGGGCUUUAGAGGAGGUGAAGAGACGUCUGACAAUGGAGAGGCUGGCGGCAUUGAGGGCGUCGAUCCCUGCCAUCCCAGUGGCCACCGAUUUUGAUAUUGUGGAGACUGCGAGGCAAGAAGAAGAGGAGGAUAACUUUUUAGAUACUUUUGCAGAGGAAGAGGAGGAAGAGGGCUGCACUAAUAAUUACUGCCACUGCCAAGCACCACUGUUGAGGCUGCAGAAGCUGUGAAAAGAGAGGGUAGGCCCUGACCAAAAUAGAACAUUUUCAGCUGGCUAGCUAAUCAUCUUAGCUAAAUGUGUGGGCCAACCAUUCAGUUCUUUACCUUAAUUUGAGGGAUUUGGGUGAAAGAAAAUCGAGUUACAAUGAUACUUCGGAUAUACUGUAUUGACAAUAUCGCAAUAUUAAUCUCUAUUUUGCUGUACCUGCACCAAACUAACCAUUAUUGUUUCCUCAUAGCUUGUUCUCAAUCUUUCACAUUGGGAGCAAAGUAUUUUCAGCACUUUUAUUUCCAUUACUUAUCAAAACUCGUUCUCAUGGCUUUCUGAUCCUCUGCAACAGACUAUGGUGCGCAACUAAGAUCACAUAUCGAAUCUCAAUACGUAUAUAAUCAUGAGAACCGCAAGCUUAUGCAUUAUCUAUCGCGUGAGUUCCUGGCAAUUCCCAGCCCAAGUCCUUUGCCACAAACAAAAUCUCUUCGCUAGCAACGCGAUGUCUUCCCAAAACGGCAAGUGUCUCCAGCAAUGUUUAUCUUAUUUGCUUUCUAUGGCAGCUCCCACUUUCAAGCAUAUAUGACCACAUGUAAUAUUUGGUAAGGCUGCAAUCGUGAACUAUGUAGGGCCAGGAAUGUACAAAUAAUGUAGCUGCAGCAAUUUCUCUUAUUUGAUAUGGAAGUAAUGGGGGCUUAAUUUAUAGCUCCUAAGAGUUUUGGACGAACGUUUCCCGUGAACGCGAUUUCCAGAUCUAUUUAACCUCUGAAUAAACGGAACUGCCUUAUUACACCAUAUCCACAUCCAGUAAACUUGUGAUCAUCAACACCUAACUCAUCGAUGUGGCGGCGUACAGCUAGCCUUUAUCCCAUCCCUCGUCAUCCAGUUUGAGUCGAUGCAAUUCUUUUUUCGUUCGGGACCACAUUUUUGAAAAUCCUCGGUGGUAGGACUUUCCGCCUUUAUUAGAAACCUUUGAAUUAUUAAAUUGGUCUGGGAUGUCCCUAAUUUUUUUUUUCGUUGCCAAUUAUCUCCAUUUGUUCGCCGACAAAAGAACUUCUUUUCAAACAAAUUCCCCUCUUUUCGUCAGUUACUUUCAUGGUUACGUUACACGUAUGAACGAAAGCCGCGUAAGUGCAAGCCCACGCACCCAUUGGAGGAGAUUGUAUUGAAGGCUCUGAAAUUUUAAAAAAAAUAGAUUUACAGGGGAGUCUAUUCAGACUUCUGGGCGGAUUUUUUCAACCUGACUGAAAUCGCCCCAAAAGGGGGGGGAUCAUUUGAAGCACGACUUUAGAGCCUGAUUCGACAUUUAGUUGCAGUGUGCACUGUUGCAGUCAGACGUAGAGAUUACAACACUGAUAACUAACUGUGCCGUGAUAUAAUUUGAUUAUAAAAAAAAUCCCUUCCUUUCAUCCCGUUUGGCAGUGAGUGCGUCCCCAUAAAUCGCCCUAUUGCAGCCAGAUGCGCGCCCCUGAAUGGGUUCCCAGAGUUGCAACUCUUCCAGAACACUCAGUGGUCUGAAUGUGUGUAAAGGAGAAGCUGGGGGGGCAAUUGGCAAGCUGCAAAGCGGAGGGUGCAGAGAUGGUAGCCUGGUUGUGGUAAGUGUUAGAAAUUUGAAAUAACGGUGGGAUUCGAAAUGGUCCGGUGAUCUGUUUGUUAACUUGCUUUCAAAUACUUUCAAAAGGCCAGGGCAGCUUAUAUAGGUGGGUGCCAUAGCUGUGGCCGGGGUAGUGUGCCAGUGUGGGACGCAUGGCCAGCCUUAAGCAAAAUGAUUGUUUGAAAUUCUAUUCUCGAUUAUUGUCUUUAAUCCGUGUGAUAGUUUUCCUAGCCCCCUCAGUGCAUGGGGCAAGCUGAGAGGAGGUUGCUCUUCAUUCUCCAUGGACUUUUACGUGUCCCAAAACCUUUUUGUAGUAGUGCUACGUAUGCAAAGUUCUGUUUGAAAAAGCUAGCCUUUGCUUUCCUAACUGCUUGGUAUAUUGGUUCCCCCCCCCCUAAAAAACUUCCCGAAAAGUUGCAUAUCGUAGGGGGCUAUUCUAUGCUAAUGCAGUACGCCCACAGAUGUUUUUUGUGCUGGAUCAGGGCGUCAAAUCUGGGGAGAACCAGGUGCUAGAUCUGUUCUUAGUACGGCAUUUUUUUGAACUGGGGCCAUUAUUUAAGAUUGAGAGGAAAAGCACUUUUUAAAGAACAACCAGGCAUCCUGUUACUGACGAAUGAGAAUCGAUAUCCAUCCAGGAUACUGGGCCAGGUCAAUUAAGGAAUGCCUGCUCGCUAAAAGUGUUUUGAGGGAGCUUGACAGUGAUGAGGGGUUGUCGUUUGACCGCGGACCGGUUUACGACGCAGCAUAAGGCAUUGAUCGCUGAGAUCCUUGUUGAAGACCAGCGGGAGGUGUAGUUUAUAUGGGUAAUGUUAGUCGGAAAAUAUCUAUGAGGUGCCCAUGUUUUACGGAUUUGGGGUUGUACCUGGUAGGUUCCAUUACAUAUUUGUGUGAGAUUGAGGGCAUCUAUUUUGGAUUGUAGGAUGGCCGGGGUGUUUAAGCAUAUCCCAGUUUAGGUCACCACGCAGUACAACUCUGAGGAUAGAUGGGGGCACCGGUCAAUUCAAUAUGGUGUACAGGGCACAGUGGGGCUGAGGGGGGGCUGUAGCACAAGAGUGGCAACAGUGAGGAGCUAUUUCUGGAAAGGGGGAUUUUAAAGUAGGACUCAAACUGUUUGGGGCACGACCUGGAUAGUAUGAAGACCCUGCCUUCCUAAUACCGGAUUCAGACCGUCUCGAACAUCAGGGUUGGCGGAGUGUGGCUAACGCAGUGAAUAACUCAAAACUUAGGGAGGAGGCUCGGAUUUUAACAUGCAAAAAACCAGGCUUUUAUGGUUACAGAAGUCAACAAUGAAGUUCCUAGGGGAUUAGGAGUGAUACUGAGGCUGCCGGGCCUGGGUUAGCCUCUGCAUCACCAAGGAAUAGAGGAGGACUCGAAUCAUGAUACUUCUUAAAGGCUUUAAUAACUGGUCUUCUAGUGCGUUUGGUACAAGAGAAAAAGGGAGAUUUCCGGCCGUUGUAGAAUAAUGAUUCAGGCAUUAUGUACAGACAGAUACUUGGAGGUAAAUCUAGCGUUGGGGUAACCAUGAAAGAGUAGGUCAUCACUGGAGUUCCGAUUGAGCCCGGUCCUCCGCGUGUAUGGGUGGAACAACGGAGCUAUUGAGGCAGUUUGAGAGGGAGACUUUGGUCUACAGUUAAAUGUAUAAUACGAACUAAUGGAACAGCAUAGUCAAGCAUAUUGACAUGGGAGAGAGGCUAAAGCAAUCACAUGUGUUUUAUUCGAGAAAGCUAGAAUACAACAACUGGUAAUGGCGAUGAAAUUUGGGCUAGGCUAAUAAUGAAACCUGACCGAUAAAUACAGGAUAGGGUACCGUUUAAAGUGACAUCCAGCAGGCAUAAUCCGUCAUCUGAGUGAUCAUCAGUCUCCUGAACACAUAUGUGAGCUCCCGGGAGCAGUAUUCGAAUUGGUGCUACAGCACAGGCGAGAAGGAAAGCACAUCUGUGUUUGCGUGUGCUAAGCUGGCGUGGCUAGCAGAUGGAUCUCAUGUUCGUCGCAACGGGAGACUGUUGAAACCACAGCGAUUACGUCACGGUAGCCCAGUCGUGAUGGAUCGCGGGCUUUCGUUUCGACACUAUGAGUUCCCGUCCGGUUGACCGAGAGGUAUAGCCGGGAGAUGGGCCUUCUCGAGGCUAGCUCAAGGCUGAAUUAUCCAACAACUACAUCCAUUUGGUUGCAGCUAAUCUAGUUGCGAGAUCCGUGUUAAAGGGUCCAGGUUGAUUCAGUAGUUCCGCAAGAAAAUGCUGAUAUGUUCUGGACCAACGAUCUUAAACGCUCUGUGCAGACCAGUGCAGAACUGGCCGAUAAUCGUCCAGGCUAGAUCUGGUCUGGUAGUAGUGCAGGCCACGUAAAUGGUUAAAACCGCUAAGCGGAGGCUAAUAGCAGGUAGCUAUUUAGCUGGCUUACUCCGUCCGGUAGACAAGAGUAAUAGCGGAAUAAUGGGGCCUGCUCAAGGCUAGCUCAAGUGCUCACUGGUGUUGUUCACAGGCAAUGGGGAUUAGCAAACACAACACCAUAUCGACAUCCUUCGGUGCGGGCUAGCUAGUUGCGUCCGGUUUUAAAGGUCUCAGUGAUUCAGUAUUUCCGGCAGAAAAUCUGGAUGUUCUGGGUGAAAACCGUAAACGGUGGCUAAUAGCAGUAGCUAGUUAGCUGGCUACUAGUUUGCAACUGGAGAUUCUAGAUAAAAGUUAGUAAAUAAUAGAGUCCGUUCCACAUGCGAGGCGGGUUGCAGGAAAGUAUAUUUAGAAGAAGGAUUAAAAGUGUGAUUGGACAUAUAUAUACGAACAAGACAAAAAAAUAAAAAAUAAUAGGCUUUUUACACUGACACACAACCAGAUUAGCGGUCGCGUAGCUCAGGCGGGGAGCUGCGCUACUUGCGCGAUCUUGAUAUUGGUUGAGGGGUGGUUUGUGGUUGCGUGGAGGGGUGGGUUAGUUGUAGUUCCACAUCAGGUAACUAUAGGCUCCACAUACAGUUAUAGAUAGGUACAGGUAGGUAACCUUCUCACAUACAGUUUCGUUUAAUACAGUUAGGUAUAACUCCACUACAGGAGAAGUAUAAAGUUUUCUAGGUUAGUUAGUAUUGUUCCAAAUAAAGUUCGGUAUCGUUCCAGGUUAGAUAUAGUUCCACCUAAGGUUAAUACCCUUCCACAUACAGGGUAUAAUAGCUGCGCAUACAGGUUAGGAAAGAGAUACAGUUAGUAAUAAUACAGGUAGGAAUAGGUUAUACGAGUUUUAGGUAUGAAUAACAGGUUAGGAAAGAUACAACCGUUAGGACUCUAUACAGUGAGGAAUAGAUACAGGUUAGGUAGACAACAUGUGUAGUUGAUAGAUACAUGGUUCAGGAAUAGAUACAGGUUAUUAUAGAUACAGGUCUGAAUAAAUACAGGUAGGAAUAGAUACAUGUUAGAAUCGAUACAGGUUAGGAAUGAGAGUACGGUUAGGACAUAGAUACAGUUUAGAAUAGAUACGGGUUAGGAAUAGAUACAGGUUAGGAAUAGAUACAGGGUUAGGAAUAGAUACAGGUUAGGAAUAGAUAGCAUGUUAGGGUAAUCGACACAGGUGAGGUAUAAGAUACAUGUUAGUAUAGAACAGGUUAGGUAUAGAUACAGUUCGGAAUAGAUACAUGUUAGAAAUAGAUACGUGUUAGGAAUAGAUACAGGUAGGAAUGAUACAGGUUAGGUAUCUAGAUACGUUUCGGUGUAUGAUAGUAGGGUGGAAUGAUACCGGUAGGAUGAACAGGUUAAGGAAUCGAGACAGGUUAGGUAUAGAUCCGGUUAUGUAAGAGAACAGGUUAAGAAUAGAUACGGUUAGGAAUAGAUACAGGUUAGGUAGAAUACGGUUAGGUAUAUUACAUGGUUUAGGAAGAGAUCAUUUUAGAAUAGAUACAGGUUUAGGAAUAGAUACAGGUUCAGGUAUAGAUACAGGUUAGGUAUAGAUUAAAGGUUAGGUAUAGAUAUAGGUUAGUGUAUAGGAUUACAGGUUAGGUAUAGAUACAGGAUAGCAAGAUGAGGUUAGGCAUAGAUACAGGUUAGUAUAGAUUACAGGUUAGGAAUUAAUACAGGUUAGGUUAGAUCAGUUAGAAUAGAUACGGUUAGGAAUAGAUACCGAUUAGGUAUAAGAUACAGGUUAGUUUAGAUACCGUAGGUAUGACACAGUUUUAGGUAUAGACCAGGUUAAGGGAAUAUAUACCGUUUAGUGAAUAGAUACAGGUUAGGAAUAGUACCGGUUAGGGUAUAUAACUGUUGUAAUAACAACAGUUAGGAAUAUCUACGGUUAGGUAUCGAUACGGUGGAAUAAGAAACAGGGUAGGUAUAGAUACCGGUUAGGAAGAGAUACCGGUUAGGAAUAAUGCACUUUAGGUAUAGAUAACAGGUUAGGAUAGAUACGGAAAAUUCAUUAAUAUAUACAGGUUAGGAAUAGAUACGUUAGGUAUAGACAACAGGUUAGGUAUAGAUACAGGUUAGGUAUAGUACAGGUUAGGUAUAGAUACAGGUUAGGUAUAGAUCAGGUUAGGAAUAGAUACAGGUUAGGUUAGAUACAGGUUAGGUAUAGAUACCAUGUUAGAAUAGAUCAGGUUAGGAAUAGAUAACAUGUUAAUAUACAGGUUAGAAUAAUACAAGGUUAGGUAUAGAUACAGGUUAGGAAUAGAUACAGGUUAGGUAUAAGAUACCUUUACGAAUAGUAUACAGUUAGGAAAAGAUACAGUAGGUAUAAUACAGGUAGUAUAGAUACACUGUUAGGAAUAUAUACAGGUUUAGGAAUAAACAGUUAGGAAUAGAUACAGGUUUAGGUAUAGAUACAGGUUAGGUAUAAUACAGGUUUGGUAUAGAUCGGUUAGAAUAGAUACCGUGAGGCAUAUAUACAGGUUAGCUGUAAUCAGAUAAGGUUAGACUAUAUACAGGUUGGUAUCUAUCGCGAGGUUAGGACUCGAUACAGGUUUAGGACUAGAUAAGGUUAAGAAUAAUUUACAGGUUAUUGAAUAGAUACAGUUCGGAAUAUAUACCGUGUUAGGUAGAGUUACAGGUUAAGGUAACGAUACAGGUUAGUAUAAUACAGGUUAGGAAUGAUACAGUUAGGAAAUAUAUACAGUUCGGAAUAGAUCAUGUUAGGUAUGAUACAUGUAGGAAUAGAUACAUGUUAAGGAAUAAUACAGGUUAUUAAUAGAUACAGGAUUAGGUAAGAUACGGUUAGGCAUAGUUCAUAUACAGGUUAGGUAGGGUUAGAUAAAGGUAGGAAAUAUAUACAGGUUAGUUAUGUUUUCCACAUACAGGUGGUAAGUCCCCUGUAGCUCAGUUUGGUGAGCAUGGCGCUUGCAACGCCAGGGUUGUGGGUUUCGUUUCCCACGGGGGGGCCAGUAUGAAAAAUGUAUGCACUCAGCUAACUGUAAGUCGCUCUGGAUAAGAGUGUCUGCUAAAAUGACAAAAAAAAAAAAAAGUACAGUUCCUCAUAGAUGUUAGGUACAGUUCCACACAAAGGUUAGGUACAGUUCCUCAACAUGUUAGGUACAGUUCCACACAAAGGUUAGGUACAGUUCCUCAUAGAUGUUAGGUACUGUUCCACCACAAAGGUUAGGUACAGUUCCUCAUAGAUGUUAGGUACUGUUCCACAACAAGGUUAGGUACAGUUCCUCAUACAUGUUAGGUACUGUUCCACACAAAGGUUAGGUACAGUUCCACACAAAGGUUAGGUACAGUUCCUCAUAGAUGUUAGGUACUGUUUCCACACAAAGGUUAGGUACAGUUCCUCAUAGAUGUUAGGUACUGUUCCACACAAAGGUUAGGUACAGUUCCUCAUACAUGUUAGGUACAGUUCCACACAAAGGUUAGGUACAGUUCCUCAUACAUGUUAGGUACAGUUCCCCACAAAGGUUAGGUACAGUUCCUCAUACAUGUUAUGGUAGCAGUUCCCACACCAAUGUUAGGUACAGUUCCCAUAAUUUAGGUACAGUUCCACACACAAGGUAGGUACAUUCCACACAAAGGUUAGGUACAGUUCCUCAUACAUGUUAGAUACAGUUUCCAAAUAUACAGGUUUAGGUACUCGUUCCUAUACAUGGUUAGGUAUCUGUUCCAUAAACAGGUUAGGUAUCGUUCCAUAAUACAGUUAGGUAUCGUUCCAUAUACAGGUUAGGUAUCGGUCCAUAUACAGUGUAGGUAUAGUUCCUCAUCCAGGUUAUGGUAUCGUUCCAUAACGAGGUUUAGGUUAUCGUUUCAUAUACAGGUUAGGUAAGUUUCCAUAUACAGGUUAGGUAUCCGUUCCCAUAUACAGGUUAGGUAAUAGUUCCAUAGACCAUGGUUGAUGGUUUAGUUCCAUAUACAUGGUUAGGUAAUCCGUUCCAUAUACAGGGUUAGGGAUCGUUCCAUAUACAGUUAGUAUAGUUCCAUAUACAGGUUAGGUAUAGUUCCAUAUACAGGUUAGGUAUAGUUCCAUAUACAGGUUAGGUAUCGUUCCAUAUACAGGGUUUAGGUAUCGUUCCAUAUACAGGUUAGGUAUCGUUCCCAUAUACAGGUUAUGUAUAGUUCCAUAUACAGGUUAGGUAUCGUUCCAUAAUACAGGUUAGUAUCGUUCCAUAUACAGGUAGGUAUAGUUCCAUAUACAGGUUAGGUAUCGUUCCAUAUACAGGUUAGGUAUCGUUCCAUAUACAGGUUAGGUAUCGUUCCAUAUACAGGUUAGGUAUAUUGUAUUUGUAUUUAUCAUGGAUCUCCUUUAGCUGCUGCCAAGGCAGUACUUUACUCUUCCUGGGGUCCAGCAAAAUUAAGACAGUUAUACAUUUUAAAAACCUUACAAUACAUUCAUAACAGAUUUCACAACAUAUUAAGUGUGUGCCCUCAGGCCUCUACUCUACUACCACAUAUCUAUAACACAAAAUCCAUGUGUACAUGUGUGUAUAGUGCGUAUGUUAUCGUGUGGUUGUAUGCAUGUGUCUAUGUUUGUGUUGCUUCACAGUCCCCGCUGGUCCAUAAGGUGUAUUUUUAUCUGUUUUCUCUGUUGUCUAUAGGCCGUCUAUAGGCCGCUCCGAGUUCAACGAUGUGCCCCACUUGACCGUAGCUCGCUCGGUCUGACCGCAGUGACUGUGUCUGUGUGUGUCUGUGUGUGUCUGUGUGUGUCUGUGUGUGUCUGUGUGUGUGUCUGUGUGUGUCUGUGUGUAUGAGAGUAAAACUGUCCAACAGGGGGGCAGAGCAGGCAGCCCCUGUGGAGGCAGGCCACUCUCUCCCCCCUUUCUUUUGGCCUGCUGUCCCUCUGGAGUUCCAAGUCGGUAAGCUGUACUCUCAGGCCCAUGGGAGAUGUCUUUUGAACAGGCAGGGAGUGCAUAAUUAGAGAUAUGGAGCUCCAGAGGUCACAAGGUCAAUGUGGGCCUGCAUGGAAGUCAGCAGGGCCACAAGGGUGCAACAGCUUUAACAGAAUCAAACAAAAAAAAAGUGCCCUAAAGGUUAUUCUAGCUGCGUGCAGCGGUUCAUUCAGUCUGACCCAUCCGAGUUGUUCCCCCACAGGAUAACAUGGGUAUACAUGUAAUGCUCUAACUCUGCUCCUGUUUAUGCAAUUAGCAAAAUUCCUUCUGCCACAUGUUCAGGGUCACCUGUAGCUCUACAGAUAUCAAUAUGAAUACAGUACAUGGUCCCCUUCAUAUCUUAAACGGGAAAUUUUAACAAUAAAUCUUAUGUCAAAUUCCAUUGUAACUAAUUGCCAUGGGAAAGCAGUCAAGUCAGCCAUCCCAUUGAUAAAUUCAUCAAAAACAGUCAAAGGACAGAACAUUUGAAAUGUAUUUGUACAGUAGAGUAUCCCAGUAGUGGACUUUAUUAGUUAAAGCCAUAGUGUACAUUUUUUGUAACAGGUAUGGAAUUGACUGAAUGAUGAAUUGAUUUAAUGGUAAAAGACUGAAUUUGAAUGUUUGACUGUGAGCUGACAGCAAGGGAGGAGUUGGAGGUGUGUUUUAGUGGGAGGAGUGUGUUGUGGAAAUAGAAUGUGUUUGACUAGAGGCUGACAGCAUGGGAGGGGUGGAGGGAGUGGUCUCAGAUGUGUUUAUAAGCAGCAACUAAGCAGCCUGGAGCAUUGUACUUCCUGGAUAGCUGAAGUGAUUGUGUAAUGGUUUUUAUUUACUGUUAUUUCACUUUUCAAUAAUAUAGAUGGCUCCAGUGCGUUCUCUAUUUCGUUCAUGUCCACUUUGCUUUAAGGUUGUGGUUGGCUUCAGUCAGCACCUUAGGCAAGUACACAACGUUCGGAACACUGAGGAGAGGAUUCUCCUUUGUAAUUGGCAGUGGGGCCGUGUCAAUAUCAGGCAGGAGCGGUGUCCAGUGACAGGAUGCUCCACCCAUGUCAGCAGGCUGGACCGGCAUAUGGACUCCCAUACAGAGCUCAACAGAGCACAGAGGAGACGGGCUUUAGAGGAGGUGAAGAGACGUCUGACAAUGGAGAGGCUGGCGGCAUUGAGGGCGUCGAUCCCUGCCAUCCCAGUGGCCACCGAUUUUGAUAUUGUGGAGACUGCGAGGCAAGAAGAAGAGGAGGAUAACUUUUUAGAUACUUUUGCAGAGGAAGAGGAGGAAGAGGGCUGCACAUAUGAUUACUGCCACUGCCAAGCACCACUUUUGAGGCUGCAGAAAGCUGUGAAAGAGAGGGAUGAGGCCCUGACCAAGAAAAGUGAGACCAUCCAAUCCAUUAGAGAGGACAACCUGAAGCUGAUCUCUGAGCUGCAUAGAGUGAGGAAGAGGUACCAGCUACUGAAAAGGCAGAUGGGGAUUCUCAGGGUGAGUCCGGCAAAGGAGAGGUCGGCAAAGAGGUCCCUCAGCUUUCAGGCCGAGGCAGACACAGCCCAAGAGGAGCUGCAGCUGGACCAAGUGACAGGUUCAGGGGACCAGACAGAGGAGGCUACAGCGUCCGGAUCUGGCAGCAAACUUAUCUUCCCGGGCUCUGCCAUUAGUAAGUACUGUUUCUUUGAAAUAGUGGCAAGUGUUUGAAACAGUUUUUUUUUUUUUUUAAACAGCUUGACUGAUUCAUGUUGCCUCAUGAGAUUGUAAUUCUUGUCUAAAAUGUUAUGUUUCUUUGACAGGUGUGUUUCUUGAGGGAUUCAGGAAGACCUGUGAGGGCCCCAAUCCAAAUUAUAAACUAAUGGAAAAUUGUGCCGGAAAGAUCAAAAGGGUGACGCAAUUUUUGAACUACAUGGCGAAGGAUGAGACCUACCAAUCCAAUCUCAUUUUCCUGACUAACCAUGACAAAAUAAGGGGGUAAGCAGAGUUCUUUCUUUUUAGUCUCAUCAGCGUUCAUUAACAAUGCAGUAAUUGAUUGUAUGAUUUGUGUGUGUGUGUGUGUGUGUGUGUGUGUGUGUGUGUGUGUGUGUGUGUGUGUGUGUGUGUGUGUGUGUGUGUGUGUGUGUGUGUGUGUGUGUGUGUGUGUGUGUGUGUGUGUGUGUAAAGGUGAAAGACAGCAAGGAAGCCAAGGUGGUUUCCAGAAAGACCCUGCUGGAGUGCCAGUCUCUUGCCAAGGCCAAGAUCCCAGAAGUGCUGAGUAAGUGUUUCUAAAUCUGUGAUGUCACUGUUAUUACACACUUAUAAACGUCAGACAUGUAUAGAGUGCAGUGUAAAGAUGCCUGUUAUUAUUUUCAUGUCCCCACAGAAACCUUGGAAGAAACAAGGACACAGAAAAAUCAGUACCAGUUUAAUGGAUACCUGUGGGCCUACUUUACCUCCAUAGACGGCCAUAGACCGGGCCUGGAUAAGAACAUGUUGGUGGAGGAGGUGGAGGAGGCUAAAUGUGACCAGUCUGGGAUGUAUCUGAUCAGUGUAAGUCUAUAAACGUACACCUGAAUGUGUUUAUUUGUUUGUUUGGUUGGUUGGUUGUUUUUGGAAACAAUUGCAGUCGCCUUUGCGUCAUUUGUGUGUUUUUUCUGUUCAAUUUCUAAUAGGUGGAGGAACACAAAACGAAUAGAGACCAUGGCAUGGUCCAGAUGUCGCUGACAAAGGAUGAGUACACUUGGUUUUCAGACUUCCUCAAAUUCAAGCACUGCCUCCCAGGGGGAAAGAAGUCCCAGCACUUUUUUUUCAAUUCUACAAGCACUCAGCUCAAUAACCUGCCUGCCUACCUGAGGGAGGUGUGGAAGGAGAUGGGUCUGCCUGAAACUCCUACCUUCACUGACCUGCGGACCUCCAUUGUCACUCAUGUAAGUCAGAUUAGAUAUGAAUAGAAGUAUUGUAAGAUCCUAUUCCACUGUUGUCUGAAAUAAUAUCAAUUAUUUUUAUUUAUUUGUGUCUGUGUGUGUGUGUGUGUGUGUGUGUGUGUGUGUGUGUGUGUUUCUUUUUUGCUUGUGUCUUACAGGUCAAAAACAUGCUCCCGAAGGCUGACAGGGAAAGGGUGGCCAACUUCAUGUGCCACGACAUCCAGACGGCAGAUACAUUUUAUGCCAUCAAUUUAAAUCCGUCCCAAGCCAGUGAAACCAGGGCACUCUUCGAGGCAGCAUUAAAGGGAGAAGAUACCUCUGUCACCACCGAGAACCAGGCCUCCACCUCUUCAAAAAGAAAGCGGAAGGCAAGAGAGGAGGACUCCCUCUCCGAGGGGAGCACCACCCCCGAAGAGACCAAGGUGAUGUACCAGGAGUCUGGCCCGUCCUCCAGGGACUCGGAGGAGGAAGAGGUCGAGGAUGAGGAACGGACGGCCAGACAACCUGUGGUAAGAUCAGCUAUUCCGACACCACACAUUAGAUUACCAAAUGUGCUUGUACACCAUGUAACAGUCAAACGUGCAUUUUUUAAUAUAUAUAUGUUCUCUUUUGUGUUUGCUGUGCCUGAAGACACCCUCCAAGUUGACCAUGCCUGAGCUGGAGCAGUACCAUACCCCGAGCAAGAAGCAGCUCAUCCUCAGGCGCCGCAUGGUGGUCGCCGUCAGCCCCCUGCUAGUCUCACCCAUCAAAUUGAAGAGCAAGUCGCCCCUCACCUCCCCCAUUGUCACGAUGCAAGGUAUGCAGCAGCUGAAUUCAAAUGAAGACCGACUCAAAAAAGCCAUUGCCUCAAGGAGGAGGAAGCUGGAUGAGAAGGUGCACAAGGAAAGAGGGGAGACCUCUGUCAGCCAGAAGGAAGGGGAGCCGACCCACUUCAAGACUCAACAAGGGGAGGAAGGAAACAGCAGCACCUCUUACCAAGACUCU